AUGCGACAGAUACUUGCGUUAGUAUUGGUUGUGUUAACCUUUGUUCACGCUGAAGACGAAACUGUGGUGCCAAGCAGGUGGCACUCGUUGGAGGAUCAAGGAGGUAGCGGGUAUAGUCUACUUCUUGCAGAAGUAGGAGACGAGAUGUUCACCUUAUACCGAUAUAAUGGUGGUUAUAGCGUCAUCCAGGAUAUGUCUGGUUCUGUCUGGGCCUACAAAUGUUUGGAAAGUGAUGACAACAGCACAGACCCGGAGUUGGAGUGGAUUGGAGCCGGUCUUUACUUCCUGAAUAAUAGAACAGAGGAGAUAGAGAAGGGGAGAGAAGGUCUGCUGGUUGUCCACUUUAGUGAUCAUGAGACUGACGGAUGGCUAUCUGGUACUGUCUGUGAUGACAAAUUUAAUGACCACGCAGCAGAUCUAUCUUGCCAGUACCUUGGAUACGAAUCCGCUGAGGAGUGGGGCAGCGAGAAGGACAGCAAGUGGGGCAACGGCAGACAAUUUAUCCCUGCUAGUAUCCUGGUGGAGUACAACAUAGAUAUAUUGGUGGAUGACGUAUAUUGUGAUGAAAGCAAAACCAACAUAACGGAGUGUGAAGCUGACGUAUUGGAAGGACACGACUGUAACAUUUUCGAGAACUUGUGGUUGAAGUGUGCUGGCAACAGCUCAGAACCAGAAUGGAGGUUCGAACAAGCCUACCUGAUGAAGUACCAAGACGAUGCACUCUCUUACGGAUUUGAGGGACUCCUCCUUGUAACUCUCCGAGACAGAAACGACCCGGCAGUUUCGCAAACUGGCACUGUUUGUGAUGACUCAUUUAACGACCACGCUGCUAAUCUGUCCUGCCAGUAUCUGGGAUACAAAUACGCUGUGGCAUGGGGAAGUGCACCACAGAACGACAACUACAUUCCAGAACACAUUUAUGAAUUUUUGAAGGACCCUCCCAUACUGGUAGACGAUGUGCAGUGUGAUGAGUGGACAACUAGCAUUAUGGAAUGUGAGGCCCGCUUUAUAAACCAUGACUGCAGCAGAUCGGAGAAUCUCUGGUUGAAAUGCAGUGAGGACGAGGAAGAAGAGGGGACGGAAGAAGAGGGAACGGAAGAACAAGGACUGGAGUUGGAGUUCGGAGGAGCUAAACUCAAUUUGAACCUAAACAAGAUCCACACAAAAUGGAACUUCUAAGGAGACGAUGGUAACAAGAAAACGUCGGGUAGAAGACAUAUUUUUGAAAAAUUUAUCAUUCACAAUUGUAGUAUAAUAGACAGCAUUAAAAAUUUCACAA